AUGUCUGAAUCAACUGUAAGCUUUUCACUUCUAACCGACGAAAACGGAAAAAUAAAAGUCGAUUUCAACGGCGCCGACAAGAAACAUGUUAGUUACGAAUCGGACUCCCAGAGACUUUCACCAUGUCCUUCGUUGGCAUCUCUCGUUAGUACCACUGUCGAAUCGGAAGUUUUGGAAGCUGGGAAGAGGAGACGUGUCGUGUCGAUUUCUACCGCAUCUCUCAACACUACUGACACGUUCUUCGAUAACGAAGAUAUCGUUCAGCGGACUUCGACACCACUUCCGCAUGACCACGAUGAUACUGAUAGCAUUUCGGAAGUCUCGUUCACUUCGUGUGUCUCCAGAAUGUCGGAGUUGUCAGUUGCGAAGAGUUGUUCGCAAGAAACUGUCACUUCGGCUUAUAUGAGAGACAAAGAGUUUCAGAAUGAUAAUAUUUCGGUUUCGAAUGAGAACAAACACGAAGACGGAAUCGCUGACGGAGAUUGGAGAACAGUCAAAAGAAAUUCUGAAUCUUCUAACAGAGCCGACAAUUUCAAUGUCAGCAACUCGUUUGAUACUUUCAGAAAAGUCGGAGAGCUGCCUCCAAGAAAUUUGAUUUCUUAUGAAAAGAAAAACAAAGAGAGAUAUGGUGGAUGGGAAAAAGUAGGAGAUUGGAGACAGGAUAUGAAAAAACCAAAGGAAGCGAAGUUGGCUACUUCUAGCACUUACAGCACUCCGAUGUCCUCUUCAUUCUCUCAAAAUAGUCCAUAUCAAGGAUCAGCCAACUCGAGCCAUUCCAAAAGUCGUAUUCCAUCUCUCAUGAACCCUCCAGUCUAUUAUUCUCCAAAUUCUUCCCGCCUUCUUCCAUCAAAACGUGUCAGCGCCUCCACCGGAUCAUAUGCAUCUGCGGCUUCUUCCAAGACCCACAUUCCCCCUUUGAUGACUCCGAAAAUCGCGCCUAUCGUCCAUAAAGUUCCACCGACUAUCAAAAAGCAGCCAGUGAAGUUGACAAUCACUACCGAUUCCGCGGGCAAUAUGAAAAUCAACUUCUCGAAUGAGUGCUCUCAAGAGUCAUGGUCGGUCACUGGUGCCAUCGGACGUUCGGAGAAAAUUGAGGUUCACAAGAUGCUCAACUAA